AUGUCAACCAAGAAGGCAAAGUCUGUCCGUACCUCAAUUAGAAGCGAAACUAUCAUUCCCGCUUCUCCAAAUGACUCAGCAAGUUCCUCUUUUUCUUUCAACGGAUCCAUUCUGGAGACAUCCCGUGCCCAAGAGAAAGAGCAACUCACUGGUUUGAAUAGUCGUUUGGCUAUGUACAUUGAGAAAGUUCGUCAACUUGAACAAGAAAAUAACCGCCUCACUGUUCAAAUCCGUGAUGUCGAAAUUGUUGAGAAAAGAGAGAGAAGCAGCAUCGUUAAUAACUUUGAUGCUGAAAAGAAAAGACUCCGAGGUAUCAUCGAUGAUCUAGAGAAAAGAGAAGCUAGAGCCGUCAUUGAGCGUGACACCGCCGUUGCUGAGCAUGAUCGUCUUUUAGCUAAGGCUAACAAGCUUGAAAGAGAUCUUGCUAAGGAAAACGAGACUAAGAUUUAUGCCCAAUCUCUUGCCGACGAUGCUACUGCUAAGUUGAAGAACUUGCAGAACCGAUUGGAAAAGAUCGAGGCCGACAAUAAUGAAUUAAACCGCGAAAACACUCGCGUGAAUACCCAACUCAGUAGCAUUCAAAAGGCUCUUGAGGAUGAAUGUUUACAACGCACUGUGGCUCAAAACGAGCUUGCCAGAGCAACUGAAGACCUUGCCUUCCAAAAGAGGCAACAUGAUGCCGCUUUAGAUGAAGUCUCACGCAAACGUCAAGUCGAAAUGACCACAUACCAGAAGCAGGUUUCACAAGAGUUCCAGUCUAAACUUCAAGAGUCUUUAUCCGAAAUGAGACAGCAGUUACAAGACCAAUUGAAUAACUCUCACGGCUUACUCGAGGAUCAGUACAAGACCAAGCUCUCUGAAGCCCAACAAUCCAGAGAUGAUGCUCUAGAGGAGGCAUCCUCUUUGCGUUAUCGUUUGAAGGAAGAAGGUGGACAUAGUGCUCUCAUCGCGAGUCUCCGCAACCAAUUGGUUGAACUCGAGCAGCAGAUGCAAGAUCGUUUGAGCGCUAAGGAUCUUCGCAUUGCUGAUCUUAAUAAAGAAAUCAGUCGUCUUUUGACUGAGUUCCAUAAUCUUUUGGAUAACAAAAUCCAAUUGGAUGCUGAGUUGAACGCAUACAGAGUCUUGUUGGAGGCUGAAGAAGAAAGACUGAACAUUAGCUCACAAAACGCUAACACUUCUAUGACCAGAACUAGCCUUCUCAGUGCAUCAAAAUCUGGACAGCCCGGAAGAAAGCGUGCCAGAAUUGAAGUUGACGGAGAAGACAAUUUCUCUGUGCACGCCACAAAGGAAAGACUCGUCAAGGAAACCGUUGGACCCAUUGGUAUCGAUGAGGUUGAUCCUGAAGGAGCUUGGGUCAGAAUUGAAAACUACUCUGAAGAUGAAGUCACCAUUGCCAAAUGGACAAUCGAAGUUCGCGCUUCUGACAGAGAGGUCUCUUAUCGCUUCAAUAAUAAGAUGAAAUUGGCUGGAGGAGCCAGCUGUACUGUCUACUCUGCUACUACAGGACACAAGAGCCAUUUGCCAGAUACAAUCACAAUGAAAUCCGAGAGUUGGCCAGUCGGAGAGAAUCCUUCAGCAAGACUUCUGGAUGGUGAAGGAGAUCUCGUCUCUUCUAUGUCUUUGUUAGAGGGCGAGUACACAGAUUCUUCCAACCCUGGAGACAGAUGCUCCAUCAUGUAA